CGUACUCCACUCCAGCUAAAAAACACAACAAAAGGCAAAAGCAUCCAACGUAAUUCAUCGCCAUCGGAAAUCUUUACUCUUUAACGUUCACUGUGUCUCUCUGUCGCUCUCCUCUUCGCUUUCACCCUCUCAGUCUCUCGCUUUCAAUAAUGUCAUUACCUCUAAUCCCCACUCUACUCCUCCUAUUCACGCUGUCAUCAACAGCCACAUCCCACUACUCCUCUUCUAACUUCUCGCCCUCCUCAUCCGCCCCGUCGCAAUCACCGACGCUCUCCGAGUGGCAACCCGCACGCGCCACCUUCUACGCGGCGUCGGACCCCCGGGACACGGUGGGCGGGGCGUGCGGCUUCGGGGACCUUAAGAUGGCCGGGUACGGCAUGGCCACAGUGGGGCUGAGCGAGACGCUCUUCGAGCGCGGGCAGAUCUGCGGCGCGUGCUUUCAGCUGCGGUGCGUGGACGACCUGCGCUGGUGCAUCCCGGGCACUUCCAUCAUCGUCACGGCCACCAACUUCUGUGCGCCCAAUUACGGAUUUACCCCCGACGGUGGGGGCCGCUGUAACCCUCCCAACAAGCACUUCGUCCUCCCCAUUGAUGCCUUUGAGAAGAUCGCCAUCUGGAAGGCCGGUAACAUGCCCGUUCAGUACCGCAGGAUCAAGUGCCGAAAGGAAGGGGGGAUUCGAUUUAGCAUCGAUGGUUCAAAUAUCUUCAUCUCAGUGCUGAUCACAAAUGUUGGUGGUGCUGGAGAUGUAGUAGCAGUGAAGAUCAAGGGUUCGAGAACUGGUUGGCUUCCAAUGGGUCGGAAUUGGGGGCAAAACUGGCAUAUAAAUGCCGAUUUAAGGAAUCAACCUCUUUCCUUUGAGGUCACUAGCAGCGAUGGUGUGACACUUGCGUCUUACAGCGUUGCUCCCAAAAAUUGGAACUUUGGGCAAACCUUUGAAGGUAAGCAAUUUCUCUCUUAAAGUCGCAUGAUGUUUUUUUGUCCUUGGAUCGCAAAUGUUGUGCUACAAAGAUGUAAGGGAAAGCACAUGUAUUUGCGGAAAUGUACGAGAUAACAAAUCAAUCAAUCUACUUCUGAAAAAUCUUGAUUUUUGUAUAUGUUUGGUAAUUAACAGCCCAGACGGCUGACUGUAUCAUAAUACUACUUUUAUCAUCGGGUGGACGUGCAUAUUUUGGAAUUAAAUUAUCAAGUUGCAACA